AUGUCGACGUGGGGUGAACAUUUCCGAGUCACUACCUAUGGCGAGUCGCACUGCCGCUCUGUCGGCUGUAUCGUCGACGGCUGCCCUCCCGGCAUGGAGCUCACCGAGGACGACAUCCAGCCCCAGAUGACCCGCCGCCGUCCCGGCCAGAGUGCCUUGACAACCCCGCGGGAUGAGAAGGACCGCGUCGAGAUCCAGUCGGGCACAGAAUUCGGUAUUACACUAGGCACUCCAAUUGGCAUGAUGGUACGCAACCAAGACCAGCGGCCCAAGGACUACGGCGGCAGCACAAUGGACCUGUACCCACGUCCCAGCCACGCCGACUUCACCUACCUCGAGAAGUACGGUGUCAAGGCAAGCAGCGGUGGUGGCCGCAGCAGUGCCCGUGAGACUAUCGGUCGUGUCGCCGCCGGCGCCAUCGCCGAGAAGUACCUGCAGCUGUCUCAUGGCGUCGAGAUCGUGGCCUUCGUCUCCUCUGUCGGCAACGAAUACCUUUACCCCCCAACUCCCGAGCACCCAACCGCCUCUACCAACCCCGAGUACCUCAAGCUUCUCGAGAGCAUCGACCGAGAAACCGUGGACAAGUUCGCACCGGUCCGAUGCCCCGAUGAGGAUGCCGCCGCGCGGAUGACCAAGGUGAUCGAGAAAUUCCGUGACAACCACGACAGCAUUGGCGGAACCGUAACCUGCGUGAUCCGCAACGUGCCCGUCGGCCUCGGCGAGCCGUGCUUCGACAAGCUGGAAGCCAAGCUGGGCCACGCCAUGCUGAGCAUCCCCGCCACCAAGGGCUUCGAGAUCGGCUCAGGCUUCGGCGGCUGCGAAGUUCCCGGAUCCAUCCACAACGACCCCUUCAUCGCCUCUCCCUCCGGUGACGGCCACCGUCUCACCACCAAGACCAACAACUCCGGUGGUAUCCAGGGUGGUAUUUCCAACGGCGCUUCGAUCUACUUCCGCAUCGCUUUCAAGCCCCCGGCGACUAUCGGCCAGGCCCAGACCACUGCCACCUACGGCUUCGAGGAGGGUAUCCUGGAGGCCAAGGGCCGCCACGAUCCUUGCGUUGUUCCCCGUGCUGUCCCUAUCGUCGAGGCUAUGUCUUCGCUGGUCAUCAUGGAUGCGCUGAUGGCUCAGUACGCUCGUGAAAGCGCGAAGAACCUGCUCCCGCGCCUGCCUUCUACCCUGCCCACGAAGCCGGCUACUGCGCCUAACGGUGCGCCUGUGUCUUAG